AUGAUUGUACACUCGCUAGUCAACGCGCUGGGUCUCAUGAAACCUAGUCACUUGAAUUCGAGACCACUGCAAGUUGUGACCCCUCGUAGGGCAACGCACAAAGACCUAGCUGUGUACCAUACCCGCGAUUACCUUGCGGUGGUGCUCGAUCCGAACAAUGCAACAGCUCCCGAGAACGACGAGGAACGGAGCUCGGUCAAUUCAGAGUUUGGUUUGGAAGAUGAUUGCCCACUUUUCCCUGGUCUUUCAGAGUAUGUCCAGAUUGUCAGUGGCGCGACUCUCACUGCCGUGAGCGCUCUACAACAACAUAUCACUGACGUUGCUAUUUGCUGGGAUGGUGGGCGACACCAUGCCCGGAAAUCCCAAGCGUGUGGAUUCUGCUAUGUUGCAGACUGUAUUCUAGCAAUCUUAGCUCUGAAGCGAGCCAUCCCACCCUCCGUCUCAGCAGCGGAAGGUAGCACCGUACAAAGAAAGCCACGAGUUAUGUAUCUCGACCUCGACUUGCACUUCUCCGAUGCAGUAUCCGAAGCUUUUUUGCUCGCAAAUUCUCCCACUACGCCACAGAUCCUUACCUUGAGCAUCCACCACGCAUCCCCAGGCUUCUUCCCUGCCUCUUCCCAAGCCAAACUGCCCAACAUCAACUCAGACUUUGACCCGUUCACCCUAUCCAUUCCUCUCAAACAGGGCGCCUCUUCCUCGACAUAUGCGAGGAUAUGGCCUCUUGUCGAACGCGUCCGAAGUGUGUUUACACCGGACUACAUCGUCGUGCAGUGUGGCGUCGAUGGAUUGGCUGGGGACCCCUGUGCGACGUUCAACUGGUGCUUGGGCGGCACGGAGGGUUCACUGGGGUGGUGCGUGCAGAGGAUCCUGGAAGAGUGGCCGGGGAAGAAGCUCCUUCUUGGGGGAGGAGGGUACAACUCCCCAAACGCUGCCCGAGCAUGGGCAUAUCUCACUUCUAUCGCGCUUGGUAAACCUCUGGACCUAGAAACAGAGAUUCCAGACCAUGCCGGGUUUCCGUUGUAUGGGCCUUCUUUUACAUUGGAUAUCCCAGCAGGAAACAUGACAGACCAUAACACGAAAGAGUACCUGGAUUCAAUCGAGGUGUGCUAUGAGAACGUCAUCCUCGCGCUGCGAAACAAGCUGGUGGGGUAA